AUGAAGAAGAGAAUAAUAGUUAGAUUCUAUGUACAGAAGAAGGUUGAAUAUGGUCAAUAUCUAAAGAUAACGGGGUCUGUACCUGGUCUUGGUUAUUGGUCAGUGGACAAUGGAAUAAGGAUGCAGUGGACAGAGGGUGAUUGGUGGAUUGCAGAGUAUCAAUGUGAGGGUGCAUUGUACUCACAACCAAAGAAUCAAUUCCGUUUGGAUCCUGUAUUUGGUCUAUGUCUAGAAGAGACCAACAACACAGACCUGUUAUCAAGUGCCUCGUCCACUCCAUCUAGCGCCUCCUCGUCCACGUCAUCAUUCCUUCUCAACAGCACACAGUCACUGUCGCCCAAGCUCAAGGGCGUCUCGCCACAGUUCAUCGACCUCGAGUACAAGUACGUACUGUUUGAGAACUACACCACGGCUUGGGAGUCUGAGCGCAAUCACAAGGUCAGCUUCAUGGUGUGGUCCGACCCAUCAGUCGCCAAGGACGUUGAGGACAUCCUCAUAGAGAUACGUGAUGAAUGGAAUGGAGGCAACGGCGUCUGCCCCACGCUGGACUUCCAAUCGAACCAGCCCAUAGUCCUGGACCGCUCGGCAGCUCAUUACUCAUCGCCGAGCACAAUGGGACUCGGCAGCUAUUCCCCGACCUCGUCCAGCUCGUCCAUAUACUCGAGCUGCUCGUCAUUGCAGCUGACUGACAGCGAGAAGCAGUACUGCUUCCUGCAUCCGAUGGACCCGCACCCUGUACCCCGCUACCCGGCCCAGAUCUGUACGUUCAUCGUGGUGGGCGAGGGCAACACCGACUCGCACAGCGUGCUCCUGGUCAGCCACUUCUUUGGCUCGGAGUUCCAGAACUCCAUCCAGAUGAUACCAAUCGUGCAGCUGGGCGUACCCUACACGCUCUGGGUGGGCCAGCUGUACGCGCCACAGCCAAUCAAGUUUGAGUACAAGUACGUCGUGGUCAGCAAUAACAAUCGUGGAAUGUUCUGGGAGAAGGGCACGAGAUACUUCUCAUCGUCGACACAAGGUCCUCGACUCCUAAUCAACAAUGAUGGCCCAUUGCGUGUGUCUGAUGCCAGUCCAUCAUGGAUAAUGACUGGUCUCGUUGGACUUGUACAGACUGACUUCAACUGUGCCCUAGUAUCCGUUGUACAGAUGUUAUAUCAUAUAUCACCUUUAAAGAAUGUAUUAUUGAACCUAAGGGGAAAGAUUGGAUUCCCAUAUACUCAAUGUCUGGCCAAUAUAUUCACAUCGAUGGAGAUGGGCUCUCAAACUACGGAGCUCCAUCCACUACAGACAAUGAUUGGAAACUGCUCAGAUGCAGCCGAAAUACUAAACAUAAUCCUGGUUUCUCUAAUCGAGGAGGUAUCAAGGAUCUCACAAAUAUCGAGUCAUGACAAUAUAGUGAUUGAUCAUUUGUUUGAAGGAGAACUUACACAGACAUCAAUAUUUGUGGAGCAGACUACAUUGGAUGGACAACAACAACAACAACAACAACAAGGAGAGAUAACAGCAGUCAAGACACAUAAGGAGAAGUUUGUCAAUAUUAUACUUCCAGUCCGUGGAUACACAUCACUAGAGUCAUCCUUCCAAUCAUACAAACAUAAUAUCGAGCAUUACGAAUCACCAAACACAGUAUGCGAGACAACAAUCACAAUGGACAUAAUACCAGAUAUAUUCAUAAUUCAACUUGAUCGAACAUAUUAUCAAUCAUCAUCAUCAUCGAACUCAUCCUCGGAUAACCAAUCACAGCAACAACAACAACAACUUGUUAAACUAGUUGACAUGUUCUCAUUUCCAAAGAAGUUCUAUCCGACGGAUAACAAUGCACAGUAUAAUCUAAAGGCUAUUAUAUGUCACACUGGCUCUGUGGAUGCGAUCAACAGUGGACACUUCUUUAUAUACGUUCGUCGUGGCAAGCAAUGGUACAAAUGUGAUGGUGCCACAAUCCUAAAGGUUAGCCAGCGAGAGGCAAUCAAUGACAGCUAUGGUGGUGGUGCCAAUGAUUCAUAUGCAUAUAUACUUGUUUAUGAAAAGUUGGUCACACUGGAAAAUAGAUAA